AUUGUCACCAGUACACAAACAGGAGCUGCGAGGAGUGUCUGAAAAAUGUCACCUGCCUGUGGUGUGCCAGCAGCGGGAGGUGCGUGGAGUACCCCGUCCGAAGGAUCCUCCCCCCGGCUGACCUCUGUGAGCUCCGCUCAGCGCGCUGGGGUGUCUGCUGGGUGAACUUUGAAGCCCUGAUCAUUGCGAUGUCCGUGGUGGGAGGAAUGAUCCUCAUCACGUUGGGGGUCUGCUGCUGCUGCUGUUGUAAGAAAAAGAGCAAAAAGCCAGACAAGGAUGACGAGAGGGCGGCCAGGGAGCGGGAGAAGCGGCGG